CAUAGUACUACAAUUACUUUGCACUAGCAACACAACGCUCUGACUGAGCUCAUAGCGUUCGCACCUGCCGAUCUUAACUAGUUGAUCACCGCAGAAAUGGCCUCCACCAACAGCUGGACUCACGACAUCGAGUCGUCGGUCGCUGCACCGCGCCUGUUCCGUGCCGGAGUCAUGGACUGACAUACUUUGGCACCCAAGCUCGCGCCCCACAUCGUCGCCAGUGCCCACCCCGUCGAGGGCGAAGGCGGCAUCGGCAGCGUCAGGCAGUUCAACUUCACCUCAGCCUCCUCAGCCAUGCCCUUUACCCUCGUGAAGGAGAGGCUCGAGUUCCUGGACGCGGACAAGUGCGAGUGCAAGUCGACCCUUGUGCAGUGGCGUAGCUAGGCGGUGGCCAGGGUGGUCCAUGGACCAUCCUGGAAUUUUCCCAUAGCUUGUAUAUAGUGUAGUAAAAAAUAUUUCUGUGAAAAUAAAUAAACUUACCAGUGCAAAAAAAAGAAAUAAAUAAACUUACGUAAAAUUUCUAUUAAUGGACCACCCUUACUUAUCGGGCUGGCUACGCCACUGCGAGGGCGGCGGCAUCGGCACGGCGAUCGAGACCGCGACGUCGCACAUCAAGGUGGAGCCGGCGGCCAACGGAGGGAGCUUCGUGAAGGUGGACUCGACGUACAAACUGCUGUCAGGCGUGGAGGUGAAUGACGAAAUCACCAAGGCCAAGGAAUCCGUCACCGCCAUCUUUAAGGCCGCCGAGGCCUACCUCAUCGCCAACCCUGACGCCUACAACUGAAUCAGUUGAGAGGGAUAAUAUAUGAUUAUCAUGUCCCUAGUUUGAUUUUUGUGUUCUCGCGAUCUAAUAAAGCUGCUACAAUCUCUAAGCUAUAGUAAUGGCGCGGAGCACGAGAGCACCGGGCAGAGUGUGGACGUGAGAAGUUUAAAAGUUGAGUAUUUGUAACUAUCAAAGGGUCCUGUUGUUUGAUGAUGUUGGUGCUUGCUUAUGUGAAA